GCCGGGUGGCAUCACUUAAGCGUCUCCCGGAGUUCUGACGCAAAAUCCCUGCGCAGCCUGGGCGAAGGUGACGGGGGUCGCUGAAGCGGGCUUUGGUGGGGAGGCUCGGCUGCGAUGCUGCUGGCUCGGCCGCUCUGGCUCCGCGGGGCCUGCGCUCAGGCGCGCUUCCUCUCCGCCGCCGCCGGGGCCUCGGAGGGGGCACCUCCCAAGAAAACACAGUUUGGACCCCUCAAGGAUGAGGAUCGUAUUUUCACAAAUCUAUACGGCCGCCAUGAUUGGGGAUUGAAAGGAGCUUUAAGCCGUGGUGACUGGUAUAAAACCAAGGAAAUUCUUCUAAAGGGUGUCGACUGGAUAUUGAAUGAAAUAAAAACUUCAGGCUUGAGAGGCCGUGGGGGAGCUGGUUUCCCCACUGGCCUCAAAUGGAGCUUCAUGAAUAAGCCGCCAGAUGGCAGGCCAAAGUACCUGGUGGUAAAUGCUGAUGAGGGGGAGCCAGGGACCUGCAAAGACAGGGAGAUCAUGCGUCAUGAUCCCCAUAAACUGGUGGAAGGUUGCCUUGUGGCAGGAAGAGCUAUGGGGGCCCGAGCUGCCUAUAUUUAUAUCCGGGGAGAGUUCUAUAAUGAAGCCUCAAACUUGCAGGUGGCAAUCCGAGAGGCAUAUGAGGCAGGACUGAUUGGAAAGAAUGCUUGUGGCUCGGGCUAUGACUUCGAUGUCUUUGUGGCAAGAGGGGCAGGUGCUUACAUCUGUGGCGAAGAGACAGCACUUAUUGAAUCUCUUGAGGGCAAGCAGGGCAAGCCACGGCUGAAGCCUCCCUUCCCAGCUGAUGUGGGGGUUUUUGGAUGCCCAACCACUGUGGCCAAUGUAGAGACGGUUGCUGUGGCACCAACCAUCUGCCGUCGAGGAGGUUCCUGGUUUGUUGGCUUUGGACGGGAGCGCAACUCAGGCACCAAGCUCUUCAAUAUCUCAGGCCAUGUCAAUACACCAUGUACUGUGGAAGAGGAAAUGUCAAUACCUUUGCGUGAUCUGAUUGAACGGCAUGCAGGGGGUGUUAAAGGUGGCUGGGAUAACCUGCUUGCUGUGAUUCCUGGAGGCUCAUCCACUCCCCUCAUCCCAAAGUCUGUAUGUGAGACAGUGUUGAUGGACUUCGAUGGGCUGAUCCAGGCACAGACGGGACUUGGGACAGCGGCUGUCAUUGUCAUGGACAAAUCGACAGAUUUAGUUCGAGCCAUUGCCCGCCUCAUUGAAUUCUACAAACAUGAGAGCUGUGGACAGUGUACACCAUGCCGAGAAGGUGUUGACUGGAUGAAUAAAGUGAUGUGGCGGUUUGUGAAAGGCAACGCACAAGUGGCAGAGAUUGAUGCACUAUGGGAAAUUAGCAAGCAAAUUGAAGGACAUACUAUCUGUGCCCUGGGUGAUGGGGCUGCCUGGCCUGUACAGGGACUGAUUCGACACUUUCGUCCUGAGUUGGAGGAACGGAUGAGACAGUACCAUGAAUCUAAGGCACAGCAGGCAUCUGGAUGAUCAACUAGAAGGCCAACUGCAUUCUGGUUACGCCUGUGAUUAUUGGGAGGAAUUUCUUCAUAGACAAGAUAUCUCUGCUUUUGCUUGAGCACUGUGAGCAGCAUGCUCACUUGACAUGGCCAUAUGGGUGGCAACCUGCCUCAAACUAUUUUACUCCUUGUUAUCUUACAGGGCAAAUUAUCUAUUAAAUGCUUGUGACUGA